CAUACAUUUAGAUAUGAAAGACACGGCAACCUUCACCAGCAGAAGCAAUCAAAAGAUGGACGAAUGGAGGGGAGAGUGAGUGCUGUGUAGAAGUCAUGUACUGCAGGAUUAACAGGUUUUGAAAAGCUGCACAGGAAAGCCUUCGGCGCGAGACCCUGCAUGCAGCGAAUGCAGGGACGUGUGGAGCCGGACCGGAAGUGACGUAGCAGAAUUGGGGCGGGUUUGGUGUGCAGCGGACUGGGAUAGAGGAGGAAAGACGAGAAAAAGGAAGAUUCACAAAAUAAUUAAUAAACAACAGCCGAUAAAGGAGGACGGAUCGUUGACAGCUGCUGCAUUAUGAACCCUGUUUACAGCCCUGCAUCAACAGGGGCUCCGUUCACAAAUACCAAGGGAAUCGGAUACCCAGCAGGGUUUCCUGUUGGUUAUGCAGCGGCCCCCACUUAUUCUCCCAGCAUCUACCCUGGGGGCAGCUCAGCCUUCCCAGCUGGUUUCACCUCUGGGGUGCCAUACAAAAUGUCCUGCUCGCCAUCGGCUGGCGCGGUCCCAGCUUACUCCUCAACUCCAAACCCCUAUCAGAUGGCUGUGUACCCCCUGAGGAACCCCUACCCUCACCAGAACCCCUACGCCCAAGGUGCAUACCUCACCCAGCCGCUGUACGCUGCUGCCCCCCCUCACGUCAUCCACCACACCACGGUGGUGCAGCCGAAUGGGAUUCCCACCGCUGUCUACGCCCCUCCCAUCCCCGCACCGCGCACCAGCGGCGUGGCCGUGGGUAUGGGUAUGGUGGCGGGGGCCACAAUGGCCAUGUCAGCCGGAGCUCUGCUGACUGCUCACUCUCCAUCUGCCGUGGCCCCCCAUCCUGUGACGAUCCCUCCCUACCGGACAGCUGGGACCCCCGCUUACAGCUAUGUCCCCCCUCCAAUGGUGAACAGCUGGCAGUGUUGAAGCUGGCAGAACUGUGUUUAAUUUCAGUCCAGUGUUGUAUGGUUGGUACUGAAAGCCCAAGGUCUUCACGUGGGGACCUCACUCUUCCUGAUGGCGGGCCUUGCGCGGGGAAGAACGAGCACCUGAAAGACUGAGCGUCUCCAUGGAAACACUGGCCCCCACCCUGCCCCCCCUUUCCUGCCAGCAAGCACAUCUGUGUGUCGUGGACAGUGUCGGAUUUUAAACCUGUUAUUCUGUAAGUGAUGGAAAUGAAGUUUAAAUUAAUUUAAUGUGGAAUUUGAAGUGAGCUCAAUGCAUGAAUUGUGGGGAGAAAAGCCUGUUAAAUUCGACCUGCGGCGAAUGGCGUCAAACCAUCUAGGGCAGACUGACGCAUUUCCUCAAGAAACCUGCAGUUUUUUCUAAAGUGACGCAUUAAUGUGACUUAAAUGUUUCUUUCAGACUUAUAUGUAUGUUAAGUUUACAAAUAUCAGCGCAGUUUGUGUAGAAUAAUGCAAGGAUCCUUUGUUCUUUGUCUGGUGUAACUGUUUCACUAGGGGUCGCUGCAAGAAUGUGUGAUGGGAAUUCAUUCUUCUGCAUGGUGUUUUGUCUGGUGGGUACCGUACACACAGUGCCCCUGGUGCUUCUGUGUGCCUGCCUGUGUGUGUGUGUGUGUGUGUGUGUGUGUGUGUGUGUGUGUGUGUGUGUGUGUGCACGCGCGUGUGCAUGCAUGUCUAAAUCUGUGGGAAAGGGCCAAGAGACAGCUGGGCUGAGAUCUUUCCAAAAUGAAUUUUCAUUGCUCUCAUAGUCUUUGUUUCCUCAGUUGGUCCAAUCCUGUGUUUUAUGAUUGUCUUACCAUAUUCAAGUAAACUUACUGAUUUGAAUUUCCAAAUUAUUGUUAUCUGAAAACGGUACUGGUUAGUACAGGAACCAGUGUAACCUUGACAGCUAUUUUUGGAAUACUGAGAAAAUGUUUUUUCUGUAGGCUUGUAUACUUUAAGAAUCUCAAGGUUAAGCCAGAAAUAUGUUUUAAUUUUCUUGAUAUUCAUGUUGCUUAAUCUCAGAUGUAAUAUCUGUUUUGAAAACUUUUUUAUAUAUAGUUUUUUUGAGUGAUGACCAAGCCAAUAAAUGCAAUUAUGAGUAUUGUCA